UCAAAAAUGAUGUAUUUUAAUCAAUUGGUGAUAUACCCACGUAAGUUGAACUAUGACCUGUGAAGUUAAGAUGUCAAGCAAAAAAAUCUUGGAAUAUCUUGGAAAACAAAGUACGAGUCUGUUAACUUCACCGUUAUCACACCGACGAGCGACAAGCACCACCGCGAGGCAUGCACGGAGCGGCAAUAAUCGAGCGGCCUCGUCGCGUCGCGGCGGCGAGACGAGGAUAUUUUGCUGGCGCCAAUACGGCCCGAUACGCCACCGGCAUGCGACGUUGCCAAACCGGUGCGCGCAGGCGGAGAAACGGUGGGCAUACGGCUCACGACCGCUUAUGACGACCGUAGUAACCGUUGGUACUCUUCACUUGCGUGUUGUUUAUUGUGUUUUUGCUAUCGACACUCAGUUUACAAUAUGUAUACUCGCAUAAACCAUACGUGGAAGAUGGAUGACGAGAAAUUAAUCGAAACUGUACGCAAAUACGAAUUUAUAUAUAAUUUAAAACAUCCAAGAUCUAUGGAUAAUGCUAAAAAAGAGAUUGCAUGGAAUGAAAUUGGGGAGCAAUUAAACCAAUCUGCUAUUGCUUGUAAACAACGAUGGCAAUGUCUCAGAGAUUCAUUCAGAAGAGCUUUAAAACAUAAGAGAGAUAGAGGCGAAGCAGCCAAAGGUAUUAAACCAUGGAAAUAUGAAAAAGAAAUGGCUUUUGUGGCUCCAUUUUUCAUGGAAAAGAAAUCUAAAAAUUCCGUCGAAAUUACAAGCGAGGAUGAUCUGUCUUACAAUGCCCAAGUAAGUUAUGGGACGGAAGCCUUAGAAAAUUACAUCAACAUUAACAUCGAGGAUCCUCUUGCUAAUAAUGACAGUGACGAGGUUAUUAACAAUAAGUCAUGGCAAAAGAAAAGUAACAAGAAACUAAAAGCAGUAAAGAGGAAAGCGGCCCAGUCAGUAUCAUCCGCAUCUCCUGUAUUAACGCCAAAUGUAUCUACAUUUGAUGAUGAAAAGAACGUUGAACCAGUCCGAGGACACGAUGAAUUAGAUCGCUUCUUUUUAAACAUCUCCGAUACUGUUAAGAAGUUCUCACCGUACCUACAAGCGUUGGCGAAAAAUAAAAUAUUUUCUAUUGUAUCUGAAAUGGAACUCCAACAGUUCCAAAUGGAAGUACAAACCACAACUCCGUUCACUUUUAAAGCAUCCCCGCAGUCAGAAAGUCCAACGCCAGUGCCGACAACAUCCGACGAUUGGACUGGGGAUCAGAAAUUACAAUAUUUAUCAUAAAUUUUAUAAGUAAACAACAUAGCUAUUAUUAUAAAAAAGUUUUUAAAGAUAAUGUCUUAUUUAUCGACUCGUUUUAAGUUAUUAAUUAAAACUGUGAUUUAGAUUUUAUCACGAUAUUCUACGAGUCCAGGCCAAUUAUUUUUGAUAACCAUGUACAGUGAAAGGGUAUCCUGCCAUUUUGUGGCGGCAUCAUGAAUUUACAAUGGCAUUGAAUGUUAAAAAUUGCAAUCUAGAUCAAUCUAGAUAUAAUACCCCUACGGAGUAUUUCACACAAGUUUUACGUUUAAUCGUUGGACGAUUUUAUAAAUGUCUUAGUGUGCGUGACGCAAUGGUUACCAGUGCAAUGAAAUUUGUCCCCAAAUUCGGGAAAAUAUAGUGUAUAUCAAAAUUAGAUGUAAAAUAAAUCCAAACAUUUGUCGAAAUGUUAAUUGUUUUUU